AUGAAACGAGUUCUCGUGGUCGCAGGGUCGGAUAGCUCCGGCGGAGCGUAAGUACAGAUCUCGAGGUACGCUGCAUGGUCAGCGAAGAAGCUAAUGCACCUCGUCCAGCGGCCUGGAAGCCGAUCAGAAAGUCUGCGCGGCGCAUGGCUGCUAUGCCAUGACCGCGACAGCUGCCCUUACAGCUCAGAAUACGCAGGGCGUCUAUGGCAUCCACGAGACUCCCUCGAAUUUUGUGCAGAAACAGAUUGAUGCCUGCAUUGAAGACAUUGGCGUCGAUGUGCUCAAGACAGGUAAGCUAGUUUGACGGAAAGCAAGCAGCAGCCUCCGGCAGGGAAUUAUAUUGACAUGCAGAAGGCAUGCUCGCUUCGGCGCAGACCGUGUCUGUUGUCGCCAAUGCCAUUCGCAAGCACAACGUUCGCAUCUCUGUGGUAGAUCCGGUAUGCAGGUCUCUAAGUAGACAUCUCCGAACGCCAACCAGAAGCUGAUUUAGCCAAGGUUAUGGUCGCGACCAGUGGCGCACAGCUACUGCCAGAGAAGGCUAUCAAGGUCCUAGUCGAAGAACUGCUCCCGGUCGCAACGAUCGUCACGCCCAACAUCCCGGAAGCCAAUCUGAUGCUCAGAAAAGCCGGCAAGAAACCAGUUGAAAUUCACGACCUGGAUGGCGUCAAGGAACUCGCAGCGGAAAUUCACAAGCUCGGACCUAGAUACGUGCUCCUCAAGGGAGGCCACGUGCCUCUUACGCCAUCUUAUGGUGUUGCUCGUAGCGAGGAAGAGAAGAAGAUUGUAGCCAAUGUUCUCUUCGGAGGCGAGUCUGUUGAUGUGAUUGAGUUUCCAUACCAGAAGACGGCGAACACCCACGGAACCGGAUGCUCGCUUGCCUCAGCCCUUGCAUGCAAUCUCGCGCUUGGACUUGAUUUGGUCCAAUCCGUUAUUGCGGCUUCUCGAUAUGUUGAUGCUGGCAUCAGGACUGCGGUGAAGCUCGGCUUGGGCUCUGGACCCAUCAACCACUUCCAUUCGCUUCAAGUACAGCCUUUCCCACCCGGCGGCUUCAUCGACUAUCUUUUGGAUCGCUAUGAUGUACAGCCCGCCUGGUACGAAUACACCCACCACGAGUUUGUGGAGCGCAUGGGAGACGGCACUCUUGCGCCGGAAGCCUUCCAGUACUAUAUGAUCCAGGACUACCUCUACCUUACUCACUUUGCACGCGCUAACGCACUAGCUGGCUACAAGGCAAAGCAUAUUGACGACAUCGCUGGGGCAGCGUCCAUCGUAUUACAUAUCCACCGGGAGAUGGAGCUGCACCUCAAGGAAUGCAGCGAGUUCGGCCUCACGCAGGGCAUGAUGGACAGGUAUGAAGAGUCGCAAGCCUGCACCGCCUACAGUCGGUACGUUCUCGAUAUCGGCCAGAGUGAAGAUUGGCUCGCGCUGCAAAUCGCUCUCUUGCCUUGCUUGCUAGGGUAUGGCAUGAUUGCGAGACGCUUGAAGGCACUGCAGAAGACGAACCCGCCCAAGACGCCCAACAGAUACGCCACUUGGAUCAACAACUAUGUAGCGAGCGACUAUACGGAAGCUGUGAAGAAGGGUUGUGCUCUGGUGGAGAAGCACGCCUUCAAGCAGAGUCCGAGCCGUAUCGAAGACCUCGUGAAGAUCUUCGUUCACGCCACGAAGGUAAGCUUCCCAUCUACGAUUGAUCUAAUGAGCCUUCCUAAUGUGAUCUUCAGAUGGAAAGCGGAUUCUGGAACAUGGCACAUGCGCCAGAGAGACGAUCCACUAGCACCAAAACCAUCAGCACCGUCAGCAGAAACGGGAAUACCAGUAGGAAUGACCACAACGAAGGCGAGGUCGCCAGGGCGUCGUAG